AUGUCCAUCCAACAUCUUUUUUGGAUAAUCCGGGACCCUGGUAUAGGUAAGCCAAGCCCAAUCACCUCAAGGACGUUGCAGCCUUCCUGCAGUAAUUCGGCGAAUUUCCAACCUGCAGUCGCAGCAGCGGGAGCAGCCAAAACACAUACAAUAAUCGAAUUUCAGCUGAUUAUCGCGGCCCACGGCUGCUCCCUGCCUGCACAUCAUACCGAGGCCUUACAUCUCGUCCUCGCCGAUGAUCCAGCUUCCAAGCUUUUUAUUUUCUUCAGCGCCCAACGGCCGGAAAACCCAAUAGAACAUCCCCAGGUUUCCGAAUAUCACGUUCUCCUUCUUGAUGCCCGGGGAAUUUUCCUAAUCAAGACUUACGAGCAGCAGAGACCCGCUUCCCCGCCCAUAGAUUGUGGGGAACUGUGA